UCUCUGUCUUAUAUUAUUCAAGUUUUAUCACCGUUUUUCGAGGACUUCUCCGCGACUUUGGGUGCUGUCUUUGCCUUCGCAGAGACCCUUUUCCUCGGUUUUUUUUCCUUCUCUUUCUUCUGCCACCCAAAGUCCAAGACCCAUCUGCAAUCGUGUCUCGCCUGUUCGAUCUCGCUGAGACUCGGCUGCUUCUCGUCCCCUCCAUUGCUGGUCACGUGGGCUUCCCGUUUCUUGAUUCCGGAUCUUGCGUCAAUUUGAGACGUUGAACCGCUCCUAAAUCUCAUCUAGUUGAAGGAGAUUUGGGGUGGUGGAACUUAACAUUCCGUCCGUUCCGAUUGAAGAUGAGAGCGGUAGCUCGGUUAAUUCGCCAAUCUCGAGCUGCUUUCCAGCACCGACAUUAUUAUCACGCCUGUAAUCUUGCCAGGAGACAGGGAUCCUUGGUCUAUUCGAGUUUAACGCGAAGGCUGCCUAGGUACUAUGACGAAUUACCUGUAUUUGGACUACCUAACUUGGGGACCUCCAGAGCUCUUUCUGUCGAUGCCGAGAAAGUUAGUGCUGAAGAUGCAAGUCGAGCGGGGCCGCUCAUCGAGUAUGAACGUCGAAUUGCUGCAGGUGAACUCGUGGAUGGUGACAUGUGCCAGGUAGGCACUCUGCAAGAGCUACAAAGACUUUAUGAUGAACUUGUUGCUUAUGCUGAUGCCUGUAAAUUGGAUCGUUAUUCUGCUUCAGAAAAAGCUGGAAGGAGUCGGUGGUUGUGGUCUCGUUUUAUGCCACAGAGUACAUUCUCACCUGUGAAAGGUCUAUACCUUUAUGGUGGGGUGGGCACUGGAAAAACCAUGUUGAUGGACUUGUUCUUUGAUCAGCUGCCUGGAAAUUGGAGAAAAAAGAGGAUCCAUUUUCAUGACUUCAUGCUAAAUGUCCAUAGCCGCUUGCAAAAACAUAAGGGUGUGGCAGAUCCACUUGAAGUUGUUGCAGGAGAAAUAUCUGAUGAGGCGAUUUUGUUGUGUCUCGAUGAAUUUAUGGUAAAUGAUGUUGCUGAUGCCUUGAUCCUUAAUCGUCUAUAUAGACAUCUAUUUGCCAAUGGUGCUAUACUUGUCGCAACUUCAAAUCGUGCUCCCGAUAACCUCUAUGAAGGUGGAUUGCAGAGGGAUCUUUUCCUGCCGUUCAUUGCGACUUUGAAGGAAAGAUGUGUAGUUCGUGAAAUUGGAUCUCUUGUAGAUUAUAGAAAGAUGACUUCGGCAGAUCAAGGUUCAUACUUUGUUGGCAAAGAUUCAUCUGCGUAUCUCCUGCAGAAGUUCCAGCAAUUGAUUGGGGAACACACAACCGCAAGACCUCAAGAGGUUGAAGUCGUAAUGGGACGGAAACUACAGGUUCCACUUGGUGCUAAUGGAUGCGCCUAUUUUCCCUUUGAGGAAUUAUGCGACCGGCCUCUUGGUGCUGCGGAUUAUUUUGGGUUAUGCAAGAAUUUUCACACCCUGGCAUUGGAUGGUGUGCCGAUUUUUGGACUACACAAUAGGACUGCAGCUUAUCGGUUUGUCACUUUAGUUGAUGUCAUGUAUGAGAACAGGGCUAGGCUACUGUGUACGGCUGAGGGCAACCCACAUGAACUUUUUGAUAGGAUAGUGACAGUCAUGGAUGCACAGCAAAUGGCGCCCAGAACCUCUUCGAGGUCAAGGAGAAGCGACGAUUUGGACCUUUGCGUUGACAAUGAACUUGGAUUUGCUAAAGACCGUACUAUUAGCCGAUUAACAGAGAUGAACAGCAAGGAGUACCUAGAGCACCACACGGCCAUGUUGACGGGGAAGGAUGUCGCCGAAGAAAGUAGCGAGGCAAAUGCUGUAGCAGGAUGAAGAAUAAACUCGAAGACCAGCAAUCAGACUGUCGUAAGCAUAAAUAAUUUGCUAGGAUGGGUAUGGCUUUUGGCGACUGUACUAACCAUCUACCCGGUGUUCGAUUCGAGCCGGUGGAAUAAGUCCUGAUUCUCUGCCGCUAAAGGCCUUCUGUAAUUUAGAUGCGAGCUGUAACAAAUGGUUUAGAGGGACAGCUUCAGCCAAUUGAGGAAAUUAUGGUCACAAUUCACUGUAUCUUGAGAUGUCUGUAGCUUGGAAUUGAAGUUAUAAAUGUGGCAAGGCUCUAGCCAUAGUAAGCAAAUUCAGAUGACUCUUCUUUUGGUCAAUGUGAGGAUAAGAAUUAUAAGCCA